CUAGAGAUGAAUCUGAAUCCCGCCUUGCCGCCGGGACUCCUGCCGGACGAAUCAUCACCUCCAUGGCUGAACAAAGCAGACAAUGCAUGGGAAUUGACGGCGGCGACUAUGGUGGGCCUGCAGAGUGUUCCUGGGCUUGUGAUUCUUUACGGUAGCAUGGUGAAGAAGAAAUGGGCCGUCAAUUCGGCCUUCAUGGCCCUCUACGCCUUUGCGGCGGUCCUGAUAUGCUGGGUCCUUUGGGCCCACCAAAUGUCGUUCGGGUCCAAGCUUGCUCCAAUAUUGGGCAAGCCCGAUGAUGCCCUGACCCAGAAAUUUCUGCUGGGCCAACUUAUGCUGGGAGAACAUGAGUAUUACAUGCCACAGGCCAACUUUGUGUUUUACCAAUUCGCAUUUGCAGCAAUAACUGUGAUAUUGCUGGGUGGUUCAGUGCUUGGGAGGAUGAAUUUUUAUGCUUGGAUACUGUUUGUUCCCCUGUGGCUGACCUUAUCGUACACCGUUGGGGCCUACACGAUCUGGGGCUCUGGAUUUCUUGAAGAACUUGGAAUCAUUGACUUCUCCGGUGGUUAUGUGAUUCAUCUUUCUUCUGGGGUGGCUGGUUUCACCGCUGCUUAUUGGGUGGGACCGAGGCUUUCAGAGGAUAGGCUGAAGUUCCCUCCAAACAACAUAAUUCACAUGUUGGCAGGUGCAGGGUUUCUGUGGCUGGGUUGGACAGGCUUCAACGGUGGAUCUCCAUAUUCAGCCGGCUUAAUCACAUCACUAGCCAUUCUCAACACCCAUCUCUGCACUGCCACAAGCCUCUUGGUCUGGCUUUCUAUGGACAUGAUCUUCUACAAGAGAAGCUCUGUCAUUGGCGCUGUACAAGGAAUGAUCACCGGACUCGUCUGCAUUACACCCGGUGCAGGGGUGGUGGAGCCAUGGGCUGCAAUCUUAAUGGGAAUAGCUUCUGGCACCAUACCUUGGUACACCAUGAUGGUUCUGCACAGGAGAUCAGCAUUCUUCCAGAAGGUCGACGACACGUUGGGUGUCUUCCAUACCCACGCCGUUGCUGGCUUUUUGGGGGGAAUGCUUUCCGGCAUCUUUGCCAAACCCAAGCUACUGACGUUGUUUUACGGCUCAGAGAAGUAUGGUCCAGGGCUUUUUUACGGCCUAAUCCACAAUGACAUCCCACGCGGUCUCAACCAAAUGAAAAAACAGCUCUUGGGAGCUGUUUUUAUCACUGCAUGGAAUGUUAUAGUGACGAGCUUUAUCUGCAUUUUUAUCAACCGCAUAGUUGACCUCAGGAUGAACGAAGAUGAUCUUAAGAUCGGCGAUGAUGCAGUCCACGGCGAGGAAGCCUAUGCAUUAUGGGGAGAUGGAGAGAGGCAUCAUCCUCUCUUACGUUUUAGCACCCUCAGCACCCCAAAACUCCGUUCCUUCUGCAGCCUUCACUGA